AGUUAGUAAAUGACUAGAAAAUGAAUCGCCUAAUUCUCUGCUUCAUUGGGGUCCUUGCGUGCAGUGCCAUUGGUCAUGGAUUUCCCGACACGGAAUUUCCCUUCGGACGCAUUGUGAAUGGCGUGCCGACGACGAUUGAGGCCCAUCCCUACCAGGUGUCCAUCCAGACGCUCAAGGGAUCCCAUUUCUGUGGCGGCAGUCUGAUCAAUGAGGACACCGUUGUGACCGCUGCCCAUUGCAUGCAAUCCUACAAGGCAUCCGAGAUGCAGGUUCGCCUCGGCUCCACCGAGCGCAACCAGGGCGGUGAGGUUGUCAGCGUGAAGUCUUUUAAAUUCCACGAGGGCUACAACAGCGAGCUGAUGGUCAACGAUGUGGCUGUGAUCAAAUUGAGCUCCCCUGUCCGCCAGUCAGCCAAGAUUCGUGCCAUUGAGCUGGCCGAUAAGACCCCGGCUUCUGGUACUCCCGCUGUUGUGAGUGGUUGGGGAACCACCUGUUUCCUGUUCUGUUCAUCGCCCAACACCCUCCAGGAGGUGGACGUCAAGCUGCUCCAGCAAAAGGAGUGUGCAUCCGAAGAAUAUUCUUAUGGUAGCAAGAUUAUGGAUACCAUGCUCUGUGCUGAUGGUGAUGGUGAUAAGAAAGAUGCCUGCCAGGGUGACUCUGGUGGCCCAUUGGUUUCCCUUGGUCAGCUGGUCGGUGUUGUGUCUUGGGGCAAUGGCUGUGCCUGGUCAGGCUAUCCUGGUGUCUAUGCUGAUGUUGCUUCACUCAAGUCAUGGAUCGAGAAGACUGCCGCUUCUUUGUAAAUUGCUUAAAUAAAGUCCUGAGAAUCGUUUAAUUGAA